AUGCCCUCUUCGAAUCACUUCACCGCCGGCGACAUCCCCUCCCUCACCGGCCUCACAGCCCUCGUUACAGGGGGAAAUGGCGGCAUUGGCCUCGAAACAGUCAAGCAGCUGUCCCUGCAUGGGGCCAAAGUCUACAUGGCCUCGCGCUCCCCAGAAAAGGGUGAGAAGGCCAUCAAGGAGCUCAAGGAACAGAAUGCAGGCAAGGAACUGGAUCUGCAUUUCGUUCGGGUGGAUUUGAGCGAUCUGCAGAGUGUGAGGGAUGGAGCGCGCGAGGUCGCGAGCAAGGAGCAGAAGUUGGACAUCUUGGUCUGCAAUGCAGGGCUAAUGGCCUGUCCGUACGAGCUCACAAAGGAUGGCGUCGAGACCCAGUUCCAAACCAACUACCUGGGCCACUUCGUACUCUCUGAAGAGCUCUUGCCCCUGCUCGAAGCAGGUCAUAAGGCGCGUGCCACCCAAGACGCAUCCUCAAUCCCUGCCUCGCGCAUCGUCCUCCUCUCCUCCAUCGCCCACAAGAUGAUAUCCUCUAACCCCUUCCAAUCCCCAAAAUUCUCCGAUCUCUCCACCGUCAACCGCAAGCUCGGGCUAAUCGAGCAAAGCGCAACGUGGAUGCGCUACUCUCAAGCCAAGCUUUGCGCCAUCCUCCACGCACGCCAGAUCAAUGCUCGCUACGCCGCCAAGGGCGUCCACGCAAUCGCUGUCCACCCGGGCGUCAUCGACUCCGAACUGUGGAAGUACACGCCAGGUCGUUCUGUCCUCAAGAAGUACGUCCUCCAGCCCGUAGAGGACGGAGCGCUCUCCCCAUUGUAUGGCGCUACUAGCCCCGAGGUGGAGAAGGAAGGUAGCUGGGAUGUCUAUCGAGCCGAAUUUGGGCAAAAGUCAUCUCAAACGAAGCUGAGCCAGGAUGACAAGCUUGGUGAGCAGCUGUGGAACCUCAGCGUGAAGCUCAUGGAGGAGAAGACGAAGUGA